AUGUCAACCUCGAAAACCAACGACGCCCAGGAGGGGUGGCCCUUUGAUCUUCCCCAGGGAAAAAGCAACCUGGCCGCCCGCACCCGCGCGAAGGUCAAACGGCCAAACGCUGAUCAAGAACCAAAGUACUACCUCGGUCGUAUUGCGCCCGAGGCCCCCACCUCGGCGCAGCCUACCUACACCAAGCACCUCGGCCGAUCUCUGCCGAGACCCCCCUCGGCGCGGCCCGACCGCCUGCCGUGUUCCUCGACCGAGUGGUGCCCGAGGCCGCGUCCUCGCGUCCUGCCCGCCUGCGCGGUCACCCCGCCUGCGUCGUGCCCCUUGGCCCUCAGCCCCGCGCCAUCCCAGGACCACACCUGCGCGGUCACCCCGCCCGCAGUGUGCUCCUCGGUCCCCAUCGGUUCCUUUGCCCCCAAGGCCAAUCCUACUCAGCCCCCCGACUAA